AUCACGCUACCGAAUUUCAUCAGGCUCAUCGUUUCAGCAACAACGACCCAGCAGCAAAGGAAACGAAAGUAAAAGCAGCAGGACCACUUCUCGGAAUCAGAAUGUUAUUAUGCUGAACUGUUCAGUUGUUAAGUGUCUGGGUGUCGCCUUCCUCACAACUUUUAGAGGAGGUCAGACACAGGGAGCAGAGCGCGCGCACACUCGCCUCAGACUGCGCUCCACACAGGUUUACAUCAUCAUCUGAAUCACCGUCAUGGCUCCACAUCCUGUCGUUCAGGCGAUUAUCGAUUUCACCGCUGGAGCAGCAGGUGGUAUAGCUUGUGUUGCAGCUGGUCAGCCAUUUGAUACCACAAAAGUCAAGAUGCAGACAUUCCCCACCAUGUAUCGCGGCUUCAUCCACUGCUUCAUAUCCACCUUCCGGCAGGUUGGCGUGCGUGGACUUUACAAGGGCUCGAGCCCUGCCCUUAUCGCGAACAUCAGUGAGAACGCUGUGCUCUUCUUAAGUUACGGUUUUUGCCAAAAAGCAGUCCGCUACAUGUGCAGGCUGGAGCAAGGGGCCGCUCUCAGUGAUAUCCAAAAGGCAUCUGCAGGAUCACUGGCCUCCAUCUUCUCCGCCAUGGCAAUUUGCCCUACUGAGCUGGUAAAAUGCCGCCUGCAGGCCAUGCAUGAAAUGGAGGCAUCUGGUAAGAUAGCAGCAAGUGGGCACAAGAGCACUGUGUGGACAGUGGUGAAGACAGUUUUGAAGACAGAUGGUCCCCUGGGUUUCUACCAUGGACUGUCAUCCACCAUUGUGAGGGAGAUUCCAGGCUACUUCUGCUUUUUUGGGGCCUAUGAACUUUGCCGUUCCACAUUUGCACAAUAUAUGGGCACUGAUAAGGAUGGCAUAGGUAUGCUUCCACUGAUGUUCAGCGGUGGAUUUGGAGGAGCUUGUCUUUGGCUGGUGGUCUAUCCUAUAGACUGUGUGAAAUCCAGGAUCCAGGUGUACUCCUUGUCUGGAAGGCAAGAGGGCUUUAUGAAGACUGUCUUGGCCAUCAUACGCAGUGAAGGGGUCCUGACGCUGUACUCCGGCCUGACUCCAACCAUGAUACGCACCUUCCCUGCCAACGGAGCCCUCUUUCUGGCUUACGAGUUCAGCCGUAAGAUGCUGAUGGAGAAAUUUGGUGAUUAAUGUCAAGGACCUUUAGUAUCAUUCACAACAUGAUAAACAAGUUUGGAGACUGAUGUGGAGAAUCUAUCCACAUGAAGCAAGUAUUCAACAGUGAUCACUAGUGUUUU